AUGUGGCCCAGGGUGGGAUCUAGGUGCAUUUUGAAGAUCUCCAGAGAAGGAGACUCUAAAACUUCCCAGGCUGGAGAGCAGGCGCCAGCGCCGCGCGCUCACGGCCGUGCCGGCUUCAGCGACCGCAACGCAAAAUGGCUGACGCCGGCCAAGGCCAAGAGGGGCCCGCCCGAAGGCUGCGCCGUGAGGCCAUCGCCAUCCAGCGACGGCGAGCAAGAAGAAGACGUCUGGGAGAUGGAGGAGGAGGAUGGGAGCAGCGAGGAGAUGGUCGAUGAUUAUGGUGCCUCAUCGUCUGAGGAGGAUGAAUUGCUGCCCAUUGAAAAAGCCGCCCUGAAGCAGAAAUCUGACAGGGGGGGCCUUAGUGAAGAUGACAGUGAAGAAGAGGAAGAAGAGGAAGAAAAGGAGGAAGAGGAAGAAGAGGAAGAGAAGGUGUCAGAAAAGAUAAGCAAGCAGAAAAAGGAGCAGAAGAAAGAAGAGAAUGUGGAUCUGCAGCUCAACCUGGAUAUAGAUGAGGAAUUCAGCUUGCCAACUGAUGAACAGAUUGAGAGGGAGAGUGCGGAGCCCCCUGACCUGCAUGUCAUUCACCAGCGCAUCAAGGGCAACAUGGAGGUGCUGCAGGAUUUUGGGGUGAAGCGGGAGGAAGGGCGCACGCGGCAGGAGUACCUUGCAUUGUUGCGCCGGGAUAUGGCUGCCUACUAUUCCUACAGUGACUUCUUGCUUGGGAAGCUCAUGGACAUCUUCCCGCUGCCUGAGCUGAUAAAUUUCUUGGAAGCCAACGAGGUUCCGCGCCCUGUGACCAUUCGCACCAACACCCUCAAGACGCGGCGGCGGGAUCUGGCGCAGGCUCUAAUUAACCGUGGCGUGAAUCUCGACCCCUUGGGGAAGUGGUCAAAAACCGGACUCAUCAUUUAUGACUCCUCUGUGCCCAUUGGUGCCACCCCGGAGUACCUGGCCGGCCACUAUAUGCUGCAGGGAGCUUCUAGUCUCCUCCCCGUCAUGGCUCUGGCUCCGCAGGAGAAUGAACGUGUCCUGGACAUGUGCUGUGCCCCCGGAGGCAAGACCAGCUACAUAGCUCAGCUUAUGAAGAACACGGGCAUGAUCCUGGCCAAUGACAGCAACGCUGAGCGGUUACGUAGCGUGGUGGGGAACUUGCAUCGCUUGGGAGUCACCAAUGCUGUUGUGAGCAACUGCGAUGGACGCCAGUUCCCCAGGGUGCUGGGAGGAUUUGACCGUGUCUUGCUUGAUGCUCCUUGCAGUGGAACAGGUGUCAUUUCCAAAGAUCCUGCUGUCAAAACCAACAAGGAUGAGAAAGACAUCCUGCGCUGUGCCCAUCUGCAGAAAGAGCUGAUUCUCAGCGCUAUCGAUUCGGUCAAUGCGGCCUCAGAGACAGGGGGCUACAUAGUCUACUGCACUUGCUCCAUCACAGUGGAGGAGAAUGAGUGGGUUGUGGAUUAUGCCCUGAAGAAACGCAACGUUCGUUUGGUGCCCACGGGCCUGGACUUUGGCAAGGAAGGCUUCACCAGAUUCAAGGACCGUCGCUUCCACCCCUCUCUCAAGUCUACACGUCGUUUCUAUCCCCACACUCACAAUAUGGAUGGGUUCUUCAUUGCCAAGUUCAAGAAAUUCUCCAAUGCCAUUCCUAAGACACAGAAAGAUGAAGAACCUGCUGUGGAAGCAGCCAGUCUGGUGCCUGUCUGUGAUGCCAUCAUGAAGCCUCAGCCAAAAAAGAAGAAACUUGAGGGAUCAAAAGCUGCGAAAGGACAGAAGAAGCCACAGUCUGCUUUGAAGAAGAGACGCUCUUUGCUGGCACAGCACAGACCUGCGAAGGCUGGCCGACCCUUUCCCCGGGUGUUAGGGGCUCGAGGCCCUGCCAGGAAGAAGCCUCAAGCGAACCAGAACGAACAGUGA